UUUGAAGACAGUGAUCCUCUUCGAAAACAGUGAGCCUCUUUGAAUACAGUGAUCCUCUUUUGAACACAGUGAGCCUCUUUGAAUACGACAGCCAUGCGGAACCUAAAGAAUGGUCACGUCCCCAGCAAGAGACAAGACUCGCCGAAAAAAUCUCCUGCCAGGCUCGCAAGUCACCUGACCCACCAAGAUGUGGAGGAAAUCGCCUGGGACUUCAACAUUCCACUUCCAAAACUCACCCUACGCGCUGCCGCAAGUGUUGUAUUUUUCACAGCGGCUGGGUGCUUUUUUCUAAGUUCAUACGGAGGAUUCGUUUUCGACGACAAUGAGGCGAUCAUCGGGAACGUGGAUAUUACGCCAGCGAUGCCAAUCGGGGAUAUAUUUGCUCACGACUUUUGGGGGAGUCGGUUGAAUUCUACGUUCAGCCAUAAGUCCUAUCGACCUCUCACCGUGCUGACAUUCAGAUUGAACUACUACCUCUCCGGUGGCCUGGCGCCGUGGGGGUUCCAUUUCACCAACGUCCUCCUUCACGGUGUCGUCUGCUCCCUGCUUCUGCUCACCAUAUCAACAUUGCUCAACGAUAAAGCGUGGUGGGAGGGAAGCCCGAUGACUUUCAAUGCGGCCCAGGCAACGCUCCUCACCUCGGUGCUAUUUGCAGUGCAUCCGAUACACACCGAAAGUGUAUCUGGGAUAGUAGGUCGGGCCGACCUCAUGUGUGCUAUAACAUUCCUGACCUCUGUCCUCGCCUAUAUCCAGUCCUGUCAUACAGGCGACGGCGAGUCGGUCACUCCUGCUAUGCUGAUCUGGACAUUUACCAGCAUGGUGCUAUGCUCUAUCUCAGUUUUAUUCAAAGAGCAAGGAAUUACUGCUUUGGGUAUCUGCAGUGCCUAUGAUGUGAUCAUUGCGUGCCGGAUAGAUCUUCUACGGCUGAUCGGCCUAAAGAAGAAGCUCACGCCAGCUCCUGAUCCGAAUGCCAAUACAGCGGAAUCAAAGUAUGUUGAGUCGCAGCCAACUCCUUGGAUGAAGUGCCUUGUAUUACGACAUAUCAUCAUAUUCAUCACUGGCGCCCUCAUCCUCAUCAUCAGGUGGCGCGUCAUGGGGUCGGCCACCCCGACGUUCCAAGUCAUGGACAAUCCACACUCAUUCGUGAACGGAACUGUACUUAGAUCACUCAACUACAACUAUCUGUACGCCAUCAAUUUCCUGCUUCUUCUCGCACCGUGGUGGCUGUGCUUCGAUUGGUCCAUGGGUUGUAUCCCCGUCAUCGAGAGCGUGUCAGAUCCCAGGGUGCUAGCUGUCGUCAUAUUUUGGGCGGGAUUUGCCGCGUUUUUGUGUCAUUGUUUGUGGACUGAAUCCACGCCAGAGACUAGAUUGCUGAUCAUGUCGCUAGCCUUCCUAAUCAUUCCAUUCCUACCCGCGACAAACGUCCUGUUCCGUGUUGGCUUUGUGGUCGCAGAGAGGAACCUCUAUCUCCCUAGUAUAGGAUUCUGCCUCAUGGUGGCGCUGGGUGUCAACAAGAUUUGUCGGAUUCAAAAAUAUAGAAAGAUUGUCUCCAUCCUCCUUCCUGCUCUGAUGGUCCUGUUUGCGGCAAGAAGUCUGCAACGCUCCCUUGACUGGGCGGACGAGAAGACGUUGUUUGAGUCUGGGGAGGCAGUGUGCCCGCUCAACGCGAAGGUGCAUUAUAACAUAGCCAAGACCCAUGGAGACCUCGGCAAUGUGGAUUAUGCCAUUGAGAAAUAUAGGAGAGCAAUUGAGCUACACCCCAAGUAUGACCAAGCCAUGAACAACCUCGCCAACAUCCUGAAGGAAAAGAAUGAGCUGCUUGAAGCUGAGGAGCUGCUGGAAGGGGCUGUCAAGAUCAGACCAACGUUCGCUGCGGCCUGGAUGAAUCUCGGUAUUGUUCAAGCAGGUUUGAAGAAAUCCGAAGCGGCCGAACUGAGCUAUUUCAACGCGCUCCUACAUCGGAGGAAUUAUCCAGACUGUUAUUUCAAUCUGGGUAAUCUCUACCUAGAUCUGAAGCAGAAUACACAGGCGCUAAUUGCUUGGACGAAUGCCACAAAGUUGAAGCCAACUCAUGUCAAUGCUUGGAGUAACGCCUUGAUUUUGUUGGAUAACCUAGGACGACUCGAGGAUGCCAUUUACAUCGGCCAGCAAGCCCUGCAGCACCUACCGAACGACCCUCAGAUCAACUACCAGAUGGCGAACAUUUACGGCAAGAAAGAAAAGUACAGGGAGAGCGAACGUCAUUUCUUACGGGCGAUACAAGUCAAAGACACGGCGUUGUUCCAGACGAAUUUAGGCGUCCUCUAUCACCGCUGGGGGAAGUAUUCCAAGGCGGAAAAGGCCUAUGUGAGAUCACUCGAACUCGAUUCUAGUCUACAGAAUUCUGCGCAUGAGUAUCUCGGUAUGGUGAGAAAGAAAUUGAAGAAGAAGGCGGGAUGAGGAGACGUGAAGUCUCAGAUUAUUGUUCAGCUGUCAUAUCAGUAGAUUCUAUUGUUGACUGAAGGGUCAGUUUGAGUCGUCCCUGGCCAUUUCAGUAGCGAACGGGAUUCCGCAUUGGCACAUGUUGAAUUAUUACAUGUAUUAUUGUGUCACUAACUAGAUGCAAAAGGGCGAUAGCGCUAUGCCAGGUGAGCGUUAUGCUAGGUGAUAGCGCUAUGCUAGGUGAUAGCGCUAUGCUAGGUGAUAGCGCUAUGCUAGGUGAUAGCGCUUUGCUAGGUGAUAGCGCUAUGCUAGGUGAUAGCGCUAUGCUAGGUGAUAGCGCUAUGCUAGGUGAUAGCGUUAUGCUAGGUGAUAGCGCUAUGCUAGGUGAUAGCGCUAUGGAGUAAUACCAUCCAAGUCAUCCGAUAUGUCAUUUCAUACAUUUUAUACGAAACCAUCUCCUCCAGCGUAGUCUGGGUUCAAUUUUGAUUGACACAUUGCUCAUUGAUUGAUUGGUUGAUUUGGAUAGUGCAUUAUCGUGACUUUUAUACUACAUCAGUUUUCUUGACCGAUAAUGGUACCAUUGUAGAGGUAAAACACCGUGCAAACAAGCACUUUUUAUCGCGUUGACCUGCGAUUAUUAUCGUUUUGGGGAGCGAGAAAAUGAUUUCUUGUCUGCAAGUAAAACUAAUCUUUGCUGGUUUAGACAUUUAUACCAGGUCGCAGCUAUGACCGAUGCUUCUCCUGACCAGCGAUUUUUGUUGCUGCAAUAAAAAUUGCUGGUUUAUGCUAUAUACCUGAAUAAAAAAUACUACAUAUAUUAUUUUAUGCUGGGAUUUGAAUUUUGAAAUUGUGAUAAAUGCAUUUGUAUAUUCAAAUGAAGAACUUGAUGUUAAUUUAUGAUAAUGAUAUAUUUUUAUAGGAGAAAUGACGUGAAAGAUUCAAUUCCGAAUUUAAAUCCAAGCAUGGUAGAACGAUAUUUAUCGGAGUGUAUUUCAGAAAUGAUCAACAGGCCUGCUUUGGGAUGAUAUAAAGUUAUAGGCUUAGUUUUCUACCAUGUCACAAAUGCGUUUUUCUUUAAAUGGACACUUUUGUUUUGGUUUCACAUGACGUCUGCUAGAAUUAUAGAUCUGAGUGUUUAGAAAGGUCAAGAAAUAAACUGCCAGUAUAUGUGUUCUCAUAAUUUUUUUAUGGUAGAUAAAUAUUGGAUAAAUGAUGCCAAUAUGCACAGAAUAAUGAUAAUUAUAUUCAAUAAAUAAUGAAAUGAUUUCAAUUUUAAUCUAUUUGAACUCUGUAACUACAUUCCUGUUUCUAUGACCAUGUACAUUUCUAUUUGAAAUAUUGUUUACAAUAAGUGUUUGAAAUGUACAAUCUACACGGUAAUGAUCUUUACAUGUAUCUAUCUCUUUCCUUUGUCUAUCCUAUCUCUCUGUUGUAACCAUUUUAAAUCAAGAUUUUUCAAUAUUGUGACAUACACUAGGCAAUUUUUGAGCACUACAGUCCAAGUCACAAAUGACGUCCCGUAAAUCGCGUCAGUGGGGCAUCAUUGAUGCGCUACCCAGAGCGCAAUUCGCACGUAGGUCGAGCAUAAUAUACAGUGGAACCUCCCUUGGCGGACACCUCUCUAUUAAGGACAAACUCUCUAUUAAGGACAAUCUCUCUAUUAAGGACAAACUCUCUAUUAAGGACAACCUCUCUAUCAAGGACACUAGUUUUGGUCCCAAAUUGGUUGUUUCUAUUCAAUUUGACCUCUCUAAUCAGGACACCUCUCUAUGAGAGAUAAGCGCAUCACUGGUGCAUCAUUGUCAUGCAACUCGCGCAUCACUGAUGCGAAGCAGGAGGGAUGUCAAAUGUGAUUUGGACUGUACUUUUUCAUCGCAGUUAAACUUGUUGAAUCAACUGUGUAAAAGUUUACCUGCUCUUGUGAAAGUAGUCACAUGAGGUCAACAAGAAUAAGACAUUGCCAUUUUUCGAAGGAUGUCUGUUUUUUCGACAAAUACAUGUAUGAGUUCUGAUGUAUGAAAUCGACAUAAAAAUGGUUAUGAUAUUCAAUUUAACAUCAAUGCAAUAAAUGUCAUCUUUUGCACUUUUCGGUGCAUAUACAUAACCUAUGCAAGCUUCGAUCAACUAAGAGUUGGUGUCGUAAAGGUGUACAAAUUGCUCAAUUUGGUAGUAAGAUUGGUACCGAUGUUCGAAAUAAAUAUUCCCCAAGUUUACAUCCCAAACUGCAGCUCUUCACCUUACCAUUUGGGUCUUCAACCCUCGGGAGAUAUAAGGCCAGAUAGUGUGGUUUCACUUAAAGGGUAACUCGUGUCAAAUUUCACCAUAUAAUGUUUUAGCUGUUUUUGACAAAUGACUACGUCACUUUCUCAUAAAUCGGUAAGGUUUUCAAAUCGAAAUGCACAUUUUCUAGAAAUUGAUGGUUUAAUCCCACCCGGACGGCUCGCUUCGAUGCCAUUUUCGUUGAUGACGUCACAACAUGAACAUUUUUGCGGUCGCGGUGGUUUACAUUCAGCGAUUUUAUAAUAAAUCUAAUCAAAAAAUGGAAAUUUGAGCUUUACAUUUGUGAUCAAUAAUUAAAAACGGACGUAUUUCCGCAAAGUUGUAAAUCACAUCAUAGUAUCACUUUAAAGUGCUCAACAAGGCAUGUCAAUAAAAUACUGAACUACAGUAGAACCUCCCUUAGCGGACACCUCUCUAUUAAGGACAUCCUCUCUAUUAAGGACCCACGUUUUGGUCCCAAAUUGGGUGUUUCCAUUCAAUUUGACCUCUCUAAUCAGGACACCUCUCUAUUGAGGACAGCACUUAUCAGUCCGAAGGGUGUCCUUAAUAGAGAGGUUCUACUGUAUACAUUUUCGCUUUUGUUGCUGGCCAGGCUGUUUCUUUUCAGAUAUUUUCACAAAUUGUGGAAAUAGAGGUGUGAAAGUUUGGCGGUUAAACUCUCUUUAAAUAUUUCAUUUUCAAAUUCAAUUUCUAAGUCUUUCCUCUUUUAUUUGUUUUCCUGGUGAUUUUUUUGGUGUAUUCAGUUCAAAUAUCAAAAGAGUAUAAUAAAUGGAUGUAAAAUUUUACGAACACACAAUUGCUCAAACAUUGUCAAAUAAUGAUAACAUGUCAAAUAAUAGGAAAUAUGAUAUUGAUGUAAAAAUAAUAACAACUGCUCAAGUAAAGCUUGCAAUAAUUCCAUGACUGCAUAGUAAAGUUUUUUUAACCGAUUUAUUAUGUGUACAUUUCAGACACUGAAUAGGUUGUUAAUUUCUUCGUGAAAGAAUUUCUGAAUUAGGCGAGGGAAAUGCAAAGUACUUUAAUAAAAAAGUGCUAUAAAAAAACUUACAAAAUAACAUUUAUGGUAAUUAGAAUAUGAUUUUCCCAAAUAAAAUUGGUUUCACACUAGUUAAUAAUUUAGCCAUCAUGUCUCGAAAAAAAUAUGUGUCAUUGCAUAUCACUGUAGUGCAUAAUGAUUCGCUGUACAUAAUUAGUUAGUAUUUUUAGGGCUUAUAAUGCAAUAUAUGAAUUCCUUCUUUUUCAAUAUGUAGAUAUUUAUAAGCUUCAUAUUUUGCAUUUAGAUUGUUUAUUUGUUCAGUAUAAAGACUAGUACAGUAGAACCUCUCUAUUGAGGACACCCCAGGACUGACAUAUGCUGUCCUUAUUGGCGAGGUGUCCUGAUUAGCGAGGUCAAAUCGAACGGAAACAACCAAUUUGGGACCAUAACUUGUGUCCUUGAUAGAGAGGGUGUCCUUAAUACAGAGGUGUCCGCAAAGGGAGGUUCUACUGUAGUUCUUUGGUUACUAUUUGUAGGUUAUUUUGUGUUAAAUCUGUAAAAUGUGACCCAUUAGAGAAACUUCCCUCCGCACAAGAUUUGUCCGAUCUCCAUAUUGCCCAGACCUCUGAAAUCAAUCAAGGUAUCAAUGAAAUCAGGGUUAAUCAUAUUUGGCAAAAGUAAGAAGUCACUGUGGUGUAGUGGCACGGACUUUUGACUGGCGGUCAAGAGGUCCCUGGUUCGAUCCCCACUGUCGGUAUGAGACUGUAGGCAAGUCUCUUUGUCUCACUCGCCUCACUCCACCCAGGCAUAAAAUGGGCCCAAGCCAGAUAUGCUCAGGUUGUGACACUGGUUUAGCAGCUCAUCUGAGGCCUACUGAAAGAUUUCAGGACAGACCAGAAUUAAAUUGUAAAGUCGGAUGAUUACCUUUCAUAAUUGAUAUCAAACUAUAAUACAAUACAAUACAAUUUAAUAUUUAUAACGCGCCUUUCCAGGUCGCCCUGCUCAAAGCGCGGGAAAAAAACCUCCUACUAAAUACCGUAGUGUUUUUUGAAAAGCCAGGAUUUUAAAGCGGUCUUGAAUGAAUUGAUGGUUGGGAUUGAUCUUAUUUCAGAUGGUAAAUUAUUCCAAAGUUUUGGGGCAGCCACGGAGAAGCUUCGGUCCCCAUAACGUGAUUUUGAGCGUGGGACAAUGAGAAGCUCUGAGGAGGACGACCUGGUCUGACGCGCUCUGGUCUGAUUAUGCAGCAGACAAGACAGAUAUGCCCAAACCUUUAACUUUAAUAACUACUGGUGUGAAAAUUCACGUUCCUUUUAACUUAUUAUUUAAAUUUGGUUCAUAUAAGUAUUACACUAGGUAUCGGGAAAAAAAAUUCUUAAUUUUUUAUUAGAAUUUUUUUUCCCCUUGAUGAUAUUGACUGGCCAUAAUGUGCUUAACAGGGUAAAAUAAGUUUGUUAAAUUUACAUGUACAUUUGUUUCUCAGUGAAAAUUUUGUUGUAUUGUUUGAGCGGUAGAGCACUUUGUCAAAAUCAGUUGUUAUUUUGUGCGUGAUGGUGUUUGUUCUGUGAAGUGUUUUGUCUAUUUAAAGGGGGACUAUAGGCAGGAGCUAGUGGUAUCAGUUGGAGGUCUCCAAGCGACUAAUAGCCACAGUAAAGGAACUGGCUUUGUAAAGACAUAGAGGCACCAGGGCCCGUAUAGAGGCACCAGGCACCAGUCACAUGAUAGAGGCACCGGGCACCAGGGCCCGAAAACUCAUGUUAUCCCCGACGGCUCUCCUUAAGGACAUUAUCUCUUCCAGUUAAACCCAUUAACAUUUUCAUGUUAAGACUUAACGCCUCCAUUAAAGCUACAAGUAAUGUUUUUUUGAACAACUCAACCCUGUUGACGACUUUGUGUAACUUUAUAAUUGGGCCCCUUGGCUCCUCCCUAUAAUCUCCCUUUAAAUGGUGUAUUUUUAAAAGUGAUGUGAUGUUCAUAUGUAAACUGGGUGUAACUUUUACAAUUGGUACAUGUACAAAUAUUUCAAACUACUUAACAUAAAUAAUGUUCUCAAAUUGGUGAAGUGGGUGUUUUAUAUUCAGUUAAUGGCUCCCGAAAGGCGCGUUUGACAAUUUUUUCACCAAAUAGUACCACUGCUCAAAUCUGUACAAUUUGAUAUUGUUUUGUGAUGGUGGUGAUCUCUUUACAGUUUGUCCCUUGAAAUCAGUCCGCCAUGUUUCUGUCGUUGUUCGUGGCUCUCCAUAUUGCCGAGAGAGAUAUUUCCAGCGAGACGAUCCCUGGUGAUAAUUUCUGGCUUUAUAACGGUGGCAUUGUUAUGCUAAAACUGUCAACGACCAAAUUUUUGUGUCUUUUGAUUUUUGCGAUUUGCAAGAUUUAAAAAAAUUUGAUGUUUAACGAUUUUUAUUUUGGAAGAUUCUGAAAUUUCUUUUGGUUUUUCCAAUCAGAAAUGUUUUUCAAAAACUUUUAUUUUCAACUCUCGCUUUUUUGUGAAAUCUUCAAAGAUUUGGUGGUUUCCAGUAUAGAACAUCUUUUUGACUCAAUAUCCUUGCCGACAUGCGCAUGAAUUGAAAAUGAUGUCACUGGCGUAAACAUGAAUCAAAGGUGAGGUGUAAGGGGCUGAGCUGUGCUUAAUAUAUACCAUGUCUGAAGUCCAAUGUCAUGAUUAUUUUCUUCAUGCAGCGCUAUUGAAUUGAAGAAAAAUAGUCACUCAUAGAGUGGAGAACGACAAUAACACAGCAAUAUGGUGUACUGAUACUGUAGUUUGUAGUAACUGACUUAAUCAAAAUUAGACCAUAGAGUAUUUAGAUUUUAAAUUUCCAUCAAGUCUGCCAAAAAAACUGAUGCAUUUUAUAACAAAAUGUUACCGAGAUUUUGGCAGACUAAAGUGGAACACACAGUAGUUGUGGACGCAAAUUAUUUGUUGGUAGUUCACAUGAUUAUUUUAUAGAGUUUUAGAAAAUAGUUCUAAUGUUUGUGAUGUUCUAUGUUUCUCUAGAGAGAUUUGGUCUCAGAUUUUACAGUCCUGGUCACAAUUGACAUUUCCACUGCUUCGCUUAAGCUGUGUACAGUAUGCGCUGGUGCUAUGUUACCUGUGUGCUGGUUGUGUGCAUUUCUCAGUGAAGGCGAUCCUGUCCAAAAGGUGCACAUGAAAUAUUAAGUUUAGCGCCUCCUCACAUGUAGAUUGUGGUCAGAUCUUUUGUGUAGGUUGCAUAUACACGAAUUAAGGGAUGUCAGUUGUGAGUGGGACUGUAUGUACGUUUAGUUUAGUUGUAUCUUCUUAUACAGGUGGGUAGGCUACUUAAAGGGGGACUAUAGGCAGGAGAUACUGUAGGGGAUUAAAUUGGUAGUUUUCAUUUGAUUUCAUAUCCUCAAACAAGUGACUUCAUGUCCUCACAUAAGCAUGAAUAGUUUCAAUGUAAUGUGAGAUUGGAGAGACCUCUAUUGACAAGUAACUUAAUCAGGCGUAACCUGUCUCCUGCCUAUAGUCUCCCUUUAAAAUAAAAGUAUGAUAAAAUUAGAAUCCUUAUUGGCUAUUGGGUGAAUCUUAUUGGAGAAAAUUAUAAAAUAAUGUCAGCAUGGUUUGGGAAACUUAACAGGUUAAAUGGAUGUCUGUAUUCUUUGACCAUCAUAAACAUUGUAGAUUUCUUAUAAACUUGAUAUAACAAUAAUGCUGUUAUUUUCACCGAGGUUUUAAAGUAUGAUUUACCCGUCAAAUUCCAUGAUGAUAGUUCAACUGUUGAGUGGACACCUGAAUUACCAAUCUGAGCAGGUUGGGGUAGAUACUAGACCCUUUUGGUCAAUUCAUAGAUUAACCCCAUUUUUCUAUCAUCACCAAGACAGAAUAAUAACAGUAGAACCUCACUAUUAAGGCAACCCUUGGGACUGACAUAUGCUGUCCAUAUAAGAGAGGUGUCCUGAUUACAGAGAAGUUCCACUGUAGCUUUAGGACUAAAGAUUGAUGAGCAAUUAUACAAGUUUUGACAAGCCCUGUAAUUAUUUCAACAACUGCUGUACAUUUUGAAAUCUGGUAAUUUCUAUAACCCACAGUUUAAUAAAGG